UUACAGAUGACCAUGGAUGAAAAAUACGUAAACAGCAUUUGGGACCUUCUGAAAAAUGCAAUUCAAGAAAUCCAGCGUAAGAAUAACAGUGGUCUUAGUUUUGAGGAGCUCUAUAGAAAUGCAUAUACAAUGGUUUUGCAUAAACAUGGAGAAAAGCUCUACACUGGACUAAGAGAAGUUGUUACCGAACAUCUCAUAAAUAAGGUGCGAGAAGAUGUACUAAAUUCAUUGAAUAACAACUUUCUUCAAACACUAAAUCAAGCUUGGAAUGAUCAUCAAACAGCUAUGGUGAUGAUUAGAGACAUACUAAUGUAUAUGGACCGUGUAUACGUACAACAAAAUAACGUAGAGAAUGUCUACAAUUUGGGAUUAAUUAUUUUUCGAGAUCAAGUUGUACGUUAUGGGUGUAUUAGAGAUCAUCUUCGGCAAACUCUAUUGGAUAUGAUUGCAAGAGAGCGGAAAGGAGAAGUUGUAGACAGAGGCGCAAUAAGAAAUGCUUGCCAGAUGUUAAUGAUUUUAGGUCUCGAAGGAAGAUCUGUCUAUGAAGAAGAUUUUGAAGCUCCUUUUUUGGAAAUGUCUGCAGAAUUUUUUCAGAUGGAAAGCCAGAAAUUUUUAGCAGAAAACAGUGCUUCAGUAUAUAUAAAGAAAGUAGAAGCUAGAAUUAAUGAAGAAAUAGAACGGGUGAUGCACUGCCUUGACAAAUCAACCGAAGAGCCCAUUGUAAAGGUAGUUGAGAGAGAACUUAUUUCCAAGCACAUGAAGACUAUAGUAGAAAUGGAGAAUUCUGGGCUAGUACAUAUGUUAAAAAAUGGAAAGACAGAAGACCUUGCUUGUAUGUACAAGUUAUUUAGUCGUGUGCCAAAUGGUUUGAAGACAAUGUGUGAAUGUAUGAGUUCUUAUUUACGGGAGCAAGGUAAAGCCCUUGUUUCUGAGGAGGGAGAAGGAAAGAAUCCAGUUGACUAUAUUCAAGGCUUAUUGGACCUGAAGAGUAGAUUUGAUCGCUUCCUUCAGGAAUCAUUUAAUAAUGACCGGCUCUUUAAACAGACUAUUGCUGGUGAUUUUGAGUAUUUCCUUAACCUCAACUCCAGGUCUCCCGAAUACCUCUCAUUAUUUAUUGAUGAUAAGCUGAAAAAGGGAGUCAAAGGGCUAACAGAACAAGAAGUAGAAACAAUAUUGGAUAAGGCAAUGGUCCUUUUUAGGUUUAUGCAAGAAAAAGAUGUAUUUGAACGUUAUUAUAAACAACACCUGGCAAGGAGACUUCUGACGAAUAAAAGUGUUUCUGAUGACUCUGAAAAAAAUAUGAUAUCUAAAUUAAAGACUGAAUGCGGAUGUCAGUUUACUUCAAAACUGGAAGGAAUGUUUAGGGAUAUGAGCAUCUCAAACACAACAAUGGAUGAAUUCAGGCAACAUCUACAGGCAACUGGGGUAUCUUUAGGUGGUGUUGAUCUCACAGUCCGGGUGCUCACGACUGGAUAUUGGCCCACUCAGUCAGCCACACCAAAGUGCAACAUCCCACCAGCACCAAGACAUGCUUUUGAAAUAUUUAGAAGGUUCUACCUAGCCAAACACAGUGGUCGACAGCUCACACUCCAGCAUCAUAUGGGUUCUGCAGAUCUCAAUGCCACUUUUUAUGGUCCAGUUAAAAAGGAAGAUGGAUCUGAAGUUGGUGUUGGAGGUGCACAAGUAACUGGCUCAAAUACACGGAAGCAUAUAUUGCAAGUUUCCACUUUCCAGAUGACCAUAUUAAUGCUCUUUAAUAAUAGAGAAAAAUACACAUUUGAGGAAAUUCAACAAGAAACAGAUAUCCCCGAAAGAGAGCUGGUUAGAGCCCUACAGUCCCUCGCCUGUGGUAAACCAACACAGCGGGUUCUUACGAAAGAACCAAAGUCAAAGGAAAUAGAAAAUGGUCACAUAUUUACAGUUAAUGAUCAGUUCACAUCCAAACUACACAGAGUCAAGAUUCAGACAGUUGCUGCCAAACAAGGUGAAUCAGACCCAGAAAGGAAAGAAACAAGGCAGAAAGUAGAUGAUGACAGAAAACAUGAGAUAGAAGCUGCUAUAGUGCGAAUAAUGAAAUCUAGAAAGAAGAUGCAGCACAAUGUUUUAGUAGCAGAGGUAACUCAGCAGUUGAAGGCACGAUUCUUACCAAGUCCAGUUGUUAUUAAGAAACGUAUUGAAGGACUUAUUGAGAGAGAAUAUUUGGCACGAACACCUGAGGAUCGCAAAGUAUACACAUAUGUAGCAUAAAAUGUGUUCAGAAAUUUGAUUUAUUCUUGGACUGUAUUCUUCGCAUGGACUGGGAAGUUCUUUUAAAUCAUUAAUAUUAAGACGACCAUCUCUUCUAUUAAAUUACAGUACCGUGUUCUAGACCAUUCAGAUCAAGCCUUUACUCCCUUUGAGAGUUUUCAACAUCAAAUUGAUUGAGCUUCAGGCUUUACGACGUUUAUCCCCGUAGAGAUCAUCUUUACAGUUUCUCGGGAAAAUGUGAAUGUGCCGCGUUUUGUUUUCAAUACUGUAUGAAAACAGGAAAAAAUAAAACAAAACUUUAGAAAAUACAGCUCAUUAAAAUAAAAUUGUUGGAUUUCACUUCCCCAGGUCUUCAGUGUUGAUGUAAAUGUGUUUCUGUAGUGUUGCUUAUUAGCACUUUGCUCAUUGUGUAAGUUGGGUAACAAAAAUGGCAAAAGAAAUGCAAAAUUCCCAGUUAUCUUGCUCUGCUUAAAACAUUUCUUUAGCUAGUCUUAUUUAAUUUAAAGAUUUGAUAACUACACAAAGACCCGAGCUUAGAAUUUGAGCAUGCUUCAUCCUACCACUUGCACUUACUAAUCUCAUAGCCUUAUGACCAAGAACCUUUGUUUUGGGCUCAAUACAUACCCUGAUUUGUUUUUUCUCUAUUGUAAUUUGAGAUUUCCCAAAGUCUUAUAAUGAUUAGGUUUUGUUCUGAGUUAUUUCUAGAGAAAGAAAAUAUUUUAGUAUGUAUAAAUUGUACAAUAAUUUUUUUGCUGUUGUACUCACUGCUAAUAGUGGAUUGUAUAGGGUGGUGUUUUUCUUUCAUUUAUUGUGGACAAAAAUAAAUGAAUUUAGUAUAUACAUGCCCACUAAUUCAAGUAUGUCAGAGCACAAAGUUGGCAGCUGGUUAUAUUUAAUUCGUCCCCUUUGAAAAGCACAUGCAGUCUAUAGUUUGUUUAUAAAUACCUUAGGUUCCCUCCAUACACACACUUUAAAUAUAUAUUUUGGUGAAGCUGUAGUACACUUAAUUUUCUGUCUUGAAAUGCAGUCUAAUGAUGCAAUAAAUAAAUAUCACCUUGAUAGUUUUAACAAAAUCUUUAGUUCCUUACAGCUAUGUUUUGGAAAGUGAUUAAGCAAUAUUUUAAAAACCUGAUGAUUCUUGGAUAUUUAAUAGCUAUUAUCCUGAAGAGUCAUAAUUUCAUGUUUUCAAAGGUGUGCUUUGUGCUGAAGAUUCAUGUCAGUUAUCCUGUGCUUCCAACCAUCACCAAUGUUUUUUACCAAAUUGAUCUGCCAAGGAUUAUAGUUUGCUUUAUUUUAACGUCAGAAUAUUUUUAUGGUCAGUUUUAUUUAAUUUUGUUCUCAUAAGACAAUGGUUCAGAUAUGUAAGUGGGGAGAACCACUAUAGAUUUCCUAUGGAUAGAAUAAUGAAAUGUUGUAAGUUCAAAUAACCAACCCUCCAUUGAAUAUCCAUACUGUUGAUACAUUUAUUAGGCUGUAUGUCUCAGAAGACAAUUUCUGUUUAAAUUGAUGAUAAAGUUACAACAACUGAAUUCUAAUAUGGAUUAAAAACUACACAUAAAUAUUUUUCCCCACGUGUCUUGGGUUAUAAUUUUCUUUUUAGAUUUGCAUAUGUCUUUAUAGCAUUCAGUUUUGUCUCCAUUGAACUGUAGAAUUAUAAACCUUAUGCUCUUAAUCUCUACAUUUUCCACUUUUACAUGAUGCAAUUAAGAUGCCAAUGAAAAAUAUGAACAUUUUCCUCAGGACAACUUUCACCAUACUUGAGCGGUGAUGAGUCAGAUGCUACUACCUUCAAACACUGAAGAAUUUCACGUCCUGAUUUGUUUGAAAUUUUCUAGGAAAGGUGUUUGUCUACGGGAAGGUAUUAGUAUUUCAAGUUUUGAGUGUUUUUUAUUGGUCUUAAUUCCCAAUUAGAUGAUCUAUAACACCUUGAAAAAUAGAACAGCUCAGAUUGUUAAGUUAAUAAACCUAGUUAUUCAAAGUCUAAAUUGAGACAUUAAAAGGAAAUGUUAAGUGUUUAAAAAUCAUUAAAUUUAUGUCAUUGUCUCAAGUGUGGCUAUACAAACCAGGUCUAGAAUUAAGAGACAUAUAGGUUUGAUGUUUAUGCUUAGAAAUGCUUGCUAAUAUAUUGAAUCACUUUUCUGAAUUGCAGUAGAGUUAAGUGGUUGGGGAAUAUUAGUGAUGCUACCUUGAAAAACAAAGCUCACCUAAAAAUAUGUUUUAGUUCCUAAGUAUUAUUUCAGUUCCUAAGAUACAUUUUGAUAUUUGUUUUCAGCAAGAGAUGGUUGAUGGUACUUUUCUCCACUUAAUGUUUUAAAUUUGAAAGAAUAAUGCAUCCUAACCAGUCAUGUUAGUGUGAAUAAAUUUUGGUGACUUACUUGAAGUUUUAAAAAGGGUGAAUACAUAGUUUUCCAACUGAAAAAAUGAUGUAAUCUCUGUUCAGCAAUUGUAAAAUUGUAAUACUCUUCUAUCAUUUUUAAUCUAGAACAGUGUUUACUUUGAAUUGUUACAUUUAAAGGUUGAGAGUUCACUGCAGUGAGCGAACACACAGCCUCACAAAAUAAAAGGUGGUUGUGAUUGCAA